CAGUGCAGUGCAGUCAGUGGAUGUCUCUAUAUGUUCUUCCUGAAAUUUGCUACAGGCUGCUUCAGUUUACUCAUAAGACCAUCAGCAGGCUUAAUGUGGGGGAAGGAGUUUCUGUCUGUGAACAUUUUGACUGUCGGUGUGCUACUGAUUGGUCUCUUUCUUUCAGCUGCUUUGCCUGAUUGUCAUGAUGGAGCAGACCUCUUCAUAACGGCUCCAAAGAAGCUGGAAGCACUGAGUGGAUCUUGUUUGCAUAUUUCAUGUAGCUUCAGACCCAAAGAAGGACAGACAUUUAUCAGCACAAGAAAAACCUUUGGAGUGUGGAUUAAAAGUUAUCAUAGAGUUACCAGAAACAAUGUGAUCUUCAACAGUAGUGGAGCAGUUAGCAUCUAUCCAAUGAGUAUUACUGGGAACCUGAGUCAGAGAGACUGCACCACUCUGUUUUCUAAUUUAACCACCACAUACACAGACACAUACUUCUUCAGAGUAGAGAGUGAACCAUUCAAGGCAACAGCUCAUUGUGAUUCUCUUCAAAUAACAAUCAGAGAUUCUCCUUGGAGGCCCAAUAUUACAAUCCCAGGUGAUCUGAAGGAGAAGGAGUCUGUCACUAUAACCUGCUCAGCUCUCACUCCCUGUCCACACUCCCCUCCUCAACUCACCUGGAAUCUCCAACAAGACUCUCACAACAAAAUAGAGGAAAACACAGAUGGAAGCUUUACAACUAAAAUCCAGCAGAACAUCACUCUGUCAGACACACAUGAUGGAAAGAAGAUCAGCUGCUCUGCCAGAUAUCCUGUGAACCAAGGAAACGACACCAAGACAGCAGAGACAGAAGAGACUCUCAGUGUUUCAUAUGCUCCUAAAGACACCUCAGCAUCCAUCAGUCCAUCAGGUUUGGUGUCAGCAGGCAGCUGGGUGAACCUGACCUGCUCCAGCAGAGCCAAACCUCCAGUCAGCAGCUUCACCUGGUUCAAGAAGAGCAGAGAUGGAGCUGUGAAAGUAUCUGAAGGAGAGAUUUACAGCUUCAAUGUAACAGAUGGAGGAGUUUAUUACUGUGUGGCCACUAAUGAUCUGGGUAAUCAGACAUCAGCAGAGAGUCAUGUGACUGUUACUUACAAUGAAGCUGGCAUACUGGUUGGUGUCUACACUAUAGUGAAGAUUGUGGGAAUCAUAAUGCUUGUGAGCACACUGGGCAUGUUUGAGUGCUGGUUCAGCUCAAGAUGCUCCAACAAUCCAGAGACAGAAAGCUGUCAGAU